UUCCUCGGCUUGUUUCAAAUUUCGCCGGGUCGUCGCCUUGUUUUUGCAGUAUCUUCCUUCACAGUUGAGGGCAGCACUGAGAUGGAUGCAUGAAAUCUGCUGACAUCACCUCCCAAGAUCCAGUCCAGAGCUUGGCUGGCACAGAGGCGCAUAGAGAGAGAAGGGAGGGAGGAGUGGAAGAAUUGGAAAUGAGACUGCGGAUUUGACAUGCGUAUAAACACACGCAUAAUACACGGAUAGAGUUUGAGUCCAUCAUCCCUGGUACAGAGAAGAAAACAACUUACUCAUCCACAAACACGUGCUGCGGGGAAGAUGAGAUUGUUGGGUCGCUAAGCACUCCGCUCCCUCCCUCCCACUCUCCUCUUCCUCCAUCCCCCGGCCCCCCUCGUUCACCUUGUCUAUUCUGGCUUUUAUUGUUGCGUCAGAGCCAAAGGGAGGCAGCCACGAGAGAAGCAUGCCGGGGGAGAGCGCUCGCAGAUCCGUCCCCGCCAAUGAGCAUCCAGGACAGGGGAAGGACGACACCGGGCUCCCUGGACCAGGACCAGGAAAAAGCAGACAUCCAUCCACAGCGUCUACACCCAGUGACAGUGGCUCUUCUCCUUCCGACAGUGGCUCAAGCCCUUCUCCCAGCACUCCUCAGAAGCUACUACCAUCACACACAUCCCCAUUUGGACCCAGAAUAUUUCAUGCAACAUCAAACUCCACUGGGACUCCAAGACCUCAACCUGAAGGGUCUGACCAUCGGCAAAACAACCUGUCAAGAUUGUCCGGGAAACUAGGCGGUCAUGGACCUUGCGGCCGUCUGGUCCCCGUUAAAAUGGAAAGAAUCAAAGUGCUGACUGGUUCUGAGGUGGAAAGUGAUUAUCCAGAGCCGCAGACCAUGGAAACAAGGGUGGUGAUGGGCCAGGAGACGCUCCUUAAACCUUCAGGGAUCCUGAAAGGAACACACUUGCAUGGCCGCUGUGAUCAGGCAAGCCCAUCGUCAGUUAGCCAACGUUUUGCUGAAGCUCAGACAAAAGCAAACAAGCCCCAGAUGGAAACGAGCGAGGAAAAGUGUCAAAUUAAAAACCCGGACGAAGAAGAUAAAGCAACAGAACAUGUUCCACCCUCAACCAUUGCAUUACCAUCCUCCACAUCCUCCGCAUGUCUGGAGCCCAUCGCAAAUGAUGACAAUUUGAUGGCAAAGAUAGAGGGUGAAAGCCUUGCUAAAGUUGAAGUGCCUUCCCAGUCUGUCCACGAGCAACCCUGUCCAGUGACUCUAUCUUUUUCCGAGCCAACUUGUUCUGUAGACCCACUGCGAGUGGGCGUGCCCUCGUCACUCGACCCCGACUUCUACUAUACGGCCCCUUCCACUCCAAUCAAGAUGGCGUCACAAGCCUCGCAUCUUAAACAUCAUUCAUAUCCAGGCUCUCCCGCUUUCUCCCCUUCACCGGGCUUACCCUCAGACAGCGAUGACCUCUGCUCCCCUGUGACCUCCCCCUCUGGCUCUUAUAUGACAGCUGAAGGGGGAAGCUGGACCUCCUCCUACGAAUCAUCCGCAUCCCCCUCCACUUCUCCCAACCUGCUGCUUUCAGAGGACACACAGGAGGCCCGUGCUUGCUUUGUUGGCUCCUUGUCCGAGAUUGGAGAUGAAGUUGGUGAGGAAAAGGUGCGAACGUGUCCAGAGCGUGAGGUGGAGAGGGCAGGGGAAUUAAAUAUGCACUCUUCGGAUGAUGUCAUGAAUCCACGAAUUAGGAUAUCAGGUACAACAAUACCUGAAGAGGAAGAAGCUCAAAAUGAUGAAGGUCAGCCCAGGAUUCCGAAAGAAAGUUGUCGCUCUUGUUGGGCGACUGCACAUACACCUCCACCAAGGAGCAGUAGCAGCCACACCAGUGACUCCCAGGAGGAUGGUGGUGAGUCUGAAAGCUCUCUCUGUCCGGUAGAAGAGGCUAGUGCAGCGAUAGAAGAGCACCUAAGACCCACCCAUUCAGUACUCCAACUGCAACUAGAGCCAUGUUUAUCUGCUGUAGAUUAUGGACACACGGCUGAUCAGCGAGAGAAAACAUCCAAAGCUGUCACUCCCGAUGUAGCCUCAUCUCACCCUAGUCCCGACUCACCUGUCGCUCACCUGGAUCCUUUCUGUCCUGAAGCCUUUGGUCAGCUUGGCUCCAGUUCUUUUAUGUUCUCUCGGGCAGUUUGCGCUGAGGAUAUACCAGAAGACGAAAGGAUGAUUCCUGUCUCUCUGAUCCCAUUUCCUCCUCACACAAGCCUUAUCUUUCAAGCAGAUUCAUUUGAAAUCACUCUAUUUCCCACAGAGGAUGACAAUGAAAUAGUGAUGGACAGAAAUGAAGGGAAGGAUGUGGAUGCAUACGCAGCUGGAGAGGAGGAAGCUGACAUUGAAGAUGAUGAUGAUGAUGAUAACGACGACUAUGCUGCCGAUGAUAUCAAUGGGAAUAAAAGUGUGGAAGGUGGGGAUGGUGGCCAUGAUGAAGAGGAGCAUUUUAAUGAUGGUGGCACUGACGACAGUGGUGAGGCAGUUGAGGGAGCUAAUGUCGAGGUCAAAGUGGUUGAGGAAAACGGAGAUGAAGAAGAGCAAGAUGACGAAGAGGGAGAGUACGUCAGAGAAGUAUUGGAAGGCGCUACCGACGAGGACAGCUCAGCCUCCUUUCUUCAUACACUCUCCGAGACAUCUAUAAAUGACGGUCUGGAUGACUUCUUCUGUUUCCAAGAUGAUACGGAUGACUCAUUAGAUUCUGCUUCCUAUAAUGGGGAGGAAGAUGAACGCCUGUACAGUACCGAGAGGCAUGCGCAGUCACUAGAACCGACACUUGAUUCUACUGAAAUGCAAUCAGAAUCUGAACAGGGACCUGCCGCAACUAUCGAUCAAGCUGAAACCUUACGCACACAGCCAAGUCUGCAUAUGAUCGUGGAUCACCCUGAAACAACUGGUCGGUCUGCAGACAUGUUUGCCACGUCCAAAUGCAAUGAAAUAGAACACAAAGCUACAGAAGAUCCCGGACGUUCCAGUCCAUCAGACAAAACAAAAGCUGCACAAGUGGAUGAGAACCCAGCAAAGCAAUUUACAGCUGCCCAUCAAUGUGAGCCCUUGAAAAAAGGAAACACGAAAAAGACUGAAAUAAAAGAAGAUUUUAGUUUUCUAGUGGAAUCUAACCAAUGCCCUUGUAAUGUUUCUCAUAACAACCCAUCUGUCCAAUCUUACCCCUGCCCGUCUUUUGGGAGACUAGAGACUACAAACCCUGGUAAUCCAGUUCUUCACAAGGAAUCGGCAGAUGAAGAUGAUAGGAACGACGUUAGUUUGAAGCAGCCCACGGAAGGCAGAGAAGAAGAUCCCACUCCAGAAAGGGAUUCUUAUAAAUUGCUCAUCAAGCAUAGUCAUAAUCAGACGGAGAGCAAUGUAGCUGCAGGAGAAAGUCGAAUUUUACCUUCACAGGGCUCCUCCGGUAGAUCUGACAAAGCUGAGAGAGAAGAAUGGAACAAGAAGAAUGACAACUGCAGAGUAGAGCUUAGAGGUGUGGACUGUAGAGUUACAGAUUCGAGUUCCUUGAGUUUGGGUAUGACCACUGCCACUAAUGACUUGAAUAAAGGUGUGCUUCCUCUCUCCUGCCCUAAAGACCCGAGUCCAAACCCCAGUAAUAUCCCAAUCUCUACUUCUCCAGAGGUUAUUUUGGGCCUUGUAGACAAUCUGACCUUAACUCCUGAACAUUGUCCCGGUGACUCCAGUCAGGAGAACUUGAGUACUGACGAGAAGGUACUUGGGGCGUCCGGAUCCCCUCACUCUCCUCUAGCCAUCUCACCCAAAAGAGAAAACUCAGAAACAGUUACCAGAAGGGAAAUUGAUCCUGAACCCAGGAUUUGGUGUGAUGACAAGACUCAAUUACAUUUAGGAUCAGUGUCUGAAUUUGGAAUAUGGGGAGCAGGCGAGUCUCUUUCCUUGUCACUGGGGAAGAAGUAUGAGUUAGAGGCAGAGAGUGUCCUUAUGUGUGACACAAGAGGCCACAGGACACAAACGACUAUGAUUCCGAACAUGAGUAGUGAACCAUUCCAGAAAUAUGACAAAGGUUUUGGUUAUGUUCCGGAGAUGAAAGAUAUCAACAGAAGCGAUGGAAAGAGGCAUCCCAGAGAAGAUAACGAACUGAUAGAAGAAGGGACUUCUGUGUCCAACUUGGUUUCUUGGAAGUCCAUCGAGGAGCUCUCAGAGGCAGGUGGGGGAGAACGAUUUCUUAAUGAUGAUGUCAGUAAUUUAAAUCAUAAUAAUGAUGGAGAUAUCAUAGACACACAAAUGCAAUUAACAUGGAUGGAUUCCAACAAUAAUAAUGACACUACCUUUGACUCAGUAGAAAUAGCAAUGCGUGAAGGACUGAAUGCUCUGUCUGAGGAAGUGAGACCUGAGUUUGUGAAUGUCAAAGUCAGAGAAUCACUUUCCAAUAUUCCUCUUGAAGAGACGCCAUCAAGGGUUUCUGUUGAAACGCCCAACGAUGAACAAGAACCCGCAGGGGCUCCUGUAACCCAAACAACGCACACGAUGCAGACGCAAUUAAAUAAUACCAGCGUAGCUAAAUCUGCAGCAAGCCGACAUCUCAAAAGCAUACUAGGAAGACGUCCAGACGAUCAGACAAUCACCCCAGAUAGUAACACAGCACUUAGUUUAGUAGAUGGUUUCUUUGGUUCCUUUAAUCCCAGAUGUAAAUCUAAUGCCCCUGCACCCAUUGGAGAUGCAAAUUGUGGUUUGCAAUCAGAAUCAGAUGAGAUGGUGGUCAAGCCUGACGCUGGAGACCAAAAAACAAUUGAUGCCAGUCCUGCGACUGACAAACGUGCUGAUGAACCAAAGACUAAAGAUUCCUCUAAAGGACAGCAGUGUGCGCGCUUGAACUCAGGGACGGGCCAGGAAGAAAAUUCUAUUCUAUUCAAAGAGAGUUGCUCAAAGAAUGAUAAAAAGAAGAAAGAAACACCCUCUUCCCCACAGACUACCCCGAAACGUUUUGCACAAGACACUGCUAAGGAUGCACUUUGCACAGAGAAAGCUGGCGCUACGAAGAAAGGGCGAAGACGGAAACAACACAAGGUCUCUAAGGUGAUCACUAAUUUAGACUCCAGUCUUGACAUUCUUGACCCUGAAAAGAAACCUCUCACUCCCAAACAUGCUUCCAAAGACGGAAGCUCAAAUGCUAAGGGCGUCCUUUCAAUAAUCAAUCAAGACAAAAAGGCAAACAAUAAAAUGUUAUCAGUCGAGCCUCAGCAGAAGAAAAACAAGUCUGGAACACAGAUUCAAGUUGAAAAGUGUCCAAAUAACUUGAGUCGCAACUGUGACAGCCCGACGCCAGUGAACCUCAAUGCCACAGUCGAAACAAACCGAGACUCACACCAGGAAGACGACGGGCUGGACAACAGGGCAGUAAUGGUUGACAACAGUCCACCGUCAAAUAGCGAGAGAAGAAUCAUUGUGGACAUUAAUGACAACAACAUAGACAAUGUCCAGUACUCCUUAUCGCAGGCCACCAGACUAUGCACUCCGUUUCCUUCCUCAGCCUCUCCUGCGACCCUUUCCUCACCCACCCCUCGAGCUUCAACAGAGCCACAAAAUGAGCUUCCCACACCUGUGCAAGAAUCCCAACCUGCGCUUUCAGCCCACCGACUCCCUUCCCUCGCCGCACCCUAUGCAUCCGCCACAAUGAACUCCACUUCUCCGGCAAGCCAGCAAGUACUUACCCCGCAAAUUCUUCCCGGUGACAAAGGGGCCGCCAUCACCCAUCUGACACCGACUAAAUCCGAAUCAAGUGUUGCUUUAGACACAACGUUUGCGGUGUCCAAGCCAACCCAGGAAUCGUCCUCCAUUCCUUCACCCUGUUACACCAAACAAGGCUGCAUCAAGAACCUGGCCAAAGAGUCCAGCCUAGUCGAGAGAGGUACAGACAUUGAGGACGACCGUGAACUCCCUCGUGUGCUCAAAGAAGCAGCAGGAAUCAGAAGGGGAUCCAUGGAGAGAACUCGCGAAUCUGAUCAAAAGGAAAGCCACCCCUUCUCUUCUCAUCGGCUAACCAACAAAGAGUCAGGAAGCUAUUCAGUCAACCGCAGCCACGCAAUUUCUGAAAACUUCAAAAACAACUGUUCUCUCGUGGCCUCCUGUAAUGAGUCUGAGAGCGAUGGCUCGGCCCUUGAGCUGGAGGAGGAGCCGAUGAGACCUCAUCAACCACAGUCCUUCUCCUCUCCAGACGAAGGCCUCAACCGACCAAAGCAGAGCCGCAGUGAGAAGAAGGCCCGCAAGGCCAUGUCUAAACUAGGUCUAAAGGCGGUCCAUGGUGUGACCAGAAUAACCAUAAGGAAGUCCAAGAGUAUCCUGUUCGUCAUUAGCCGACCAGAUGUGUUCAAAAGCCCUGCGUCAGAUAUUUAUAUUGUAUUUGGAGAGGCCAAGAUUGAGGAUCUCUCUCAACAGGCUCACAAAGCUGCUGCGGAGAAAUUCAAGGUGCCUGUGACCUCCACUCCCUUGGCGCCCCCUGUCCCACCUAGCCUUAGCAUCAAGGAGGAGAGCGAAGAGGAAGAAGAGGAGUUGGAUGACGGGGGUCUGGAGCAGAGGGACAUUGAGCUGGUGAUGGCUCAGGCCAAUGUGUCUCGAGCAAAGGCUGUGCGUGCGCUGAAGCACAACAAGAACGACAUCGUGAACGCUAUCAUGGAGCUGACCAUGUGAACGGUGUAGGUGAUCCGAAGCUUGACCGCCUCCUUUUCCUCAGUCGACCCAAAGCCUAAACACCACUCUGUAUCGCUGCUACUGUAUGUUGCAUCUCCAAAUCCUGCUCAAUAAAUCAAAUAGUAAAAGUCUG